CUACUAUUACCAUCCAACUCCAUUGUUUCAUUAUUUUGUCCAUUUGUUAAGGUGUAACACACGAAACAUAUCCUUGAAUCUAGUCAUUUAAAUGUACUUUUAGCGAACGCAAUGGAAGCUUGGUGCGUGUGAUAACAUUAGCGAAGGAAAGGCAAGCAAAACAGUUUGUAUGGUGUCACUGCUGCACGAAAUGAACGGCUGCAGAAAGGAUUCCGUUGCUUCAUGAGUAACCCCCAUCGUUGGAAGAGCUAUCACUCCACUUUUGGAUAGAUUGAUAACGCAGGCCAUAAACUCAACAGUGCAAUAACAGACGACCCAAAUGGAUGCCGCCAAACAGCGAGUGGGAGAAGUGGUUGGUGCUGUAAAGAAUAACGUAACCAUGGCAACCGAAAGCGGUCUACGCGUGGUGCGCCAAUACUCCGACGAGGGACGUACCUUAGCACUGCGAACGUUUAACGAGGCUAACAGUGAGGCUGGCACCGUGGUACGAAAUGCUUGGACGAGCUUGAUACAGUUGAUACAGCGGCUCAAAACAUCGGCCCGGGAAGUGCUUGAUCCAUCGGUAUUGUACGAAGAGUUGCGCAUAUUUUUCCGUGAUGAAAUUGCCCGCAACAAUGCGUUCGCGAUACUGAUCGGGCUCGGAUUCGGUACGACCGGUGGUUUCAUGCUGGGAAUGUAUCUCGCACGGCCCCAUCUACCAACGCCGAUCAUGAAAUCGAUUGCUUCCACAUCGUUCCGCGAUCCGGACAAUGUGGUCGUAUGUCAAACGGCCGUACCACAGUUUCAAUCUGCCUCGGACAUAUUGGUGCGCGUACGGGCGGCCUCACUGAAUCGGAUCGAUCGCCGUAUCGCGUUCGGGUACGGCCGUACGUUACGGCGCAUGAUACGCACCUACAACAGUACGUACGAUCCGGAACUGCCGCUAGUGCUCGGCCGAUCGUGUGCCGGUAUCGUGGAAGCGGUCGGUACCGGUACGAAGAGUGGGCUGGAAAUUGGUGAUGAAGUGUGGCUUGCUACACACUGGUACGAACCCGGCGUUGCGUCCGAGUUUGUCGUCGUGCCGGAAACGCGCGUUUCGCGCAAACCGUUCCUCAUCGGAUUCGAAGGUGCGGCCAGCCUACCGUACAGUGGCUCGAUCGCGCUCAAUCUGCUCGAUGCGCACAACCUGAGCGAACACACGUGCAAGGGUCGUCGCAUUUUGGUACAGGAUGCAUGCUCACCGGUCGGGUGCGUUAUCACGCAGCUCGUACACAAAUGGGGCGCCCAUGUUGCGGCCACUUGCCAUACGCGAUCGGUUCCGGUGAUCAACAAUCUCGGUGCAGCGGAUAUAAUCACCUUCGCUAACGAACACUUCAGAUCGAACUUUAUCGACGUUAACGUCGAUAAAUCGAACUUUAUCAACGAGCUAACGUCGAGGGAAAAGUUCCAUUUCAUCUUUCUCACCACCCGCCUCGGGUACGAUUAUAAGUUUCUGGAAAAGUUCCUUACCAAAGAUGGUGUGAUAGUGGAUGCGGUCGAACCGGAGCUGUCCACGGACGAUUACGGUGUGAUCGGGCGGUUCUUUCUCGGCACUUAUGUGCGCUGCCGGAAAGCGUUCGCGCUGCUGUUUCGCACCAACGUUGACUGGGGUGGGCCCCAUCUGUGCCAUCUGGUGCUGGAACGUUUAGCCGGUUUUGUGAAUGAUGAAACGCUUAAAACAGUCGUCGAUCGGGUUUAUACACCGAACGAGGUGGAACGGGCACUGGAGCACAUAUGUAGCGAAAAAAGCAUCGGCAGCACCAUCAUCACGUUCCGGUAGAUACGAUCAAACGCGAUCUUCCGACACUGGACACAACUUUCUUCGGGCUGGACUACUAGAUAGCGUUUUUUUAAACGAUCGAAUAGAUAGUUUUUUUUUGUUUUGUUUUGUUUUGAUUACUUUUAUCACUGAUUUUACAUUUGACGUACAACUGCGCGCGCCUCCCAAAGCCUAUUGGCAAACGGAGUCCGGUAAUGAAAGUUUGUGUGUUUUACAUUUUCCGGAUCGCGGUUCGGGAACAGAAUAAAGAAAAAAAUUAAAUGCAGCAAAAACGUA